AUGAAGGCAACUUUCGCGGUCGCCGCUGCUGCGGCCCUGACCGGUGUCAACGCUGUCAGCGUUCACCACCGACACGCUCGCGCCCACGAUGCGUUCCACGCCCUCGAGAAGAAGGCUGACAAUGCCACCUGCGGAUGUACUACCAUCUACAGCACCUACUAUGGUGAAGCCACUCUCUCGUUCCCUCCGGUUCCCCCUACGACUUCUGCUACACCUGUAGCUACUCCCUCUUCCACCUCCACCCCUCCGCCACCGCCAGCUACGACUACCUCGACCGCCGUGCUCGUCCCGACGCCAAUUCCCCAGACUUGCUCGACCACGGGUGUCUACACCUUCCCUGCUACCACCGUCACUCUAACCGAGUCGACUACGGUCUGCGUUCCUUCCACGACCGCUGUCCCCAGUGGUACUCACACCCUCGGCGGUGUUACCACUGUCGUCACGACCGCAACUACGGUUACUUGCCCGUACGCUACGGUUUCCACCAGCGAAGGUGUUACUACCAGCGUCAUUGAGACCACGACUUACGUCUGCCCGUCUGCUGGUACUUACACCAUUGCUCCCACCACGACCACGGUCGACAAAUCCACCAUUGUGACCAUUCCCUCCGUCACCAACUAUCCCCCUGGAACUUACACUCAGCCUGAGGUUGUCACCACUGUCACCGAGACUAACACCGUUGUCUACUGCCCGUUCGACAUUCCUACUCCUAGCGUCUCGACCACUCCCAUCCAGGUCCCGACCUCAGUUCCCGUUGCCGUUCCCACCACUCCCACUGUUCCUAAGGUCCCUACCUCCAUUCCUGUGGUUCCCAAGCCCAGCUCGUACCCGGCUUCUUCUCCCUCUUCUUCCACUCCCUCUAAGCCUAAGCCCAGCGGUACUCUCGGUGGACCGGCUGGUCAGCCAUGGGGUAUUUCGUACACUCCCUACGAGACUGGCCCACAGGGUGGAUGCAAGAGCGCCAGCCAGGUUGAGCAGGACAUUGCUGCUAUUGCCUCUGCUGGUAUCAAGUCCGUCCGUGUCUACUCCACUGACUGCGAUACCCUCCCCAAUGUUGGUGGCGCUUGCGCUAAGCACGGCCUGAAGAUGAUCAUCGGUAUCUUUGUUGACUCUCCUGGCUGCGAUGCCCACAGCCCCAGUGUUGCUGAGCAGAUCAGCGCCAUCAAGAGCUGGGCCAAGUGGGAACUUGUUGACCUUAUCUCGGUUGGUAACGAGGCUGUCUUCCACGGUUACUGCCAGCCUUCUGAGCUUGCUUCUCUUAUCACUAAGUGCAAGGGCGAGUUCAGCGGUUACACUGGCCAGUACACUACUGCUGAGACCGUCAAUAUCUGGCAACAGAGUGAUUUCUCUUCUGCUAUCUGCGGUGUUGUUGAUGUUGCCGGUGCCAAUGCUCACGCUUUCUUCAACACUCAGACCGCUGCCUCGCAGGCUGGUCAGUUCGUCAAGGGCCAGCUCGACAUCGUCAGCAAGAUCUGCCAGGGUAUCCCCGGUAUCAUUCUCGAGACUGGUUGGCCUUCAGCCGGUGAGGCUAUGGGUCUUGCCGUUCCCGGUGUAACCCAGCAAGCCGAGGCCAUUAAGAGCAUCGUUAAGGAGUGCGGUGACAAGGCUGUCAUGUUCAGCUACUCCUCCGACGCAUGGAAGGACCCUAACACUGCCUGCAAGUGCGAGCCUCACUUCGGUGUCGCUGCUGCUCUUGGCAUUAACAUCAGCAUAUAA